AUAGGCUAAAAUGCUACCCACUAUAUCGUAAACAAUCUUAACUCCAUGCCAUAUACAACAGUGCUAGCGAACACUAAAAUAACUACGUCAUAUUGCUUGCGUACACCCUUCGAGGAGCGCACGUCAUACACCUGCAUUGCACGAGCAAAUAUAAACACGCCUUCACAAACCAACAGCCUUAAGUACAGAUCUAAAUGCAAAUGAGCGACAACAUCCUAUCGAUGGUGCUUUAGGACUCCGUCAGUUGCCGUACAGACCGCUGCCAGAGGAGACCAGUAGUUUACGCUAACAGUGGGAUCCCAUUCAGACCCAAGGACCGGUCUCUGUAGCCAUUACCGCCUGAUUCCAGGGAUCUCUGCGUAUUUGUCAGUACUGUGAGAAGCACUACCUGGACUUGGUGUAUACAAGACCGCUGUUAACUCAAUCCGGAUCUGUCCAAACCCAAAGUUCUUUCGUCCGAACUACCCACUCGUCAAGCUGGGUAACUGUGUGGAAGCCUAUAAGGCCGCGUUACGGACGACAGCCAUCUGUGGACGGACAGAAAUGGACCGUCGGACGGACAUGGAGCGACGAUUAGAAACAGAACGCCGCACAACAGAAUUAGUCCAUGCAAAGACAGAGAAACGUGAUGUUAGCAAAGCGGAACAGUUCCGACAAAAACGGAGAUGUAAGAGUAUAACAGCCCCGACAGUGAACGAGAUAGCGGAGUUAGAGGAAAACCUUAAGAAGAUAGACGGAAUAUACAGUCCGUCGGGUUUAGGUAAAACCACGUCCAUCGUAUUUACACUCCAGAAUCAGGUCGGGUGUCUCAUCAAGGCCCUCCGGAUAUUCCAGGAAAACCAUAUCAACGUUGUACAUAUAGAGUCCCGGAAAUCAAAGCGAAGUGACUCCGAGUUUGACAUUUACGUGGACCUCGAAACUGAUAACAUUCGUCUGGAAGAACUAAUCAAACGGCUGAAGAAAGAGGUCGCUAGUAUCAGUUACAACGACUUGCCCGUACCCCCUUCACCUGCUCCUUCCAUACGGCUACCCCCAUCAGCUGAAGAUUUGCUUCUUAACGCGCCAUGGUUCCCCAAGAAGAUUUCUGACCUUGAUCAUUCAGCCAAUCGCGUCCUAAUGUAUGGUAUUGAACUGGAUGCUGACCACCCGGGUUUUAAAGACAAAGUGUAUAGACAGAGGCGGAAGUACUUCGCAGAUAUCGCCAUGGAAUACAAAUAUGGCCAACCUAUCCCAAGGGUGGAGUAUACCACAGAGGAAGUGAGUACAUGGGGGACAGUAUUUUCAGAGUUGAUGAAGUUAUAUCCAUCUCACGCGUGUAGGGAGUACCUACGAAACCUGCCUCUACUCAUCGACCACUGUGGCUACAGAGAAAAUAAUUUACCACAACUAGAGGACGUAUCAGAGUUCCUUAAAGAACGAACAGGUUUCCAGCUACGUCCUGUGGCGGGAUAUCUUUCAUCACGUGACUUUUUGGCUGGACUAGCAUUCCGUGUGUUCCACUGUACCCAGUAUAUCCGUCAUAGAUCUGAUCCGUUCUACACACCAGAACCGGAUUGUUGUCAUGAAUUGCUGGGUCACAUGCCCCUAUUGGCGGACCCAAGCUUUGCACAGUUCUCACAGGAACUCGGAUUGGCUUCACUCGGGGUCUCUGACGAAGAAGUACAGAAAUUAGCAACGUGUUAUUUUUUCACGGUUGAGUUUGGACUGUGUAAGCAGGAUGGAAACCUGAGGGCCUACGGUGCGGGUCUUCUCUCUUCUAUUGGGGAGUUAAAGCACGCAUUGACGAGUAAAACUGAGAAGAUUCCAUUCGAACCGAUCCGAACGUGUCAACAGGAGUGUUUGAUUACAACUUUCCAGGACGUAUACUUCUUCACCGACAGCUUUGAAGAGGCCAAAGAUAGGAUGAGACAAUUCGCUUGCACCAUCAAGCGUCCGUUUGCCGUGAGGUACAACCCGUAUACACAGACCGUGGACGUUCUCAAUAACACGCGCUGUAUCGCAUACGCCGUCAGCGAGCUUAGGGGCGACCUAUGUAUCGUCUCCGACGCCCUCCGUCGACUUCAGCAACUCGAGGUUGCCAUGAAUGAACAAGAAGAGGCAGAAAGAUUGGAAGGAGAAACACCACGAUGACAAGCUUGUAAAGAUUGAUUAACAGAUGAUGAUGAUGGAUACUAUGAAACGCAGAGCAAAUCACGGAGAAAAAUAAUACGGAACGAAAAAUAUUAUUUAAAAAUAUAUUUCUUAGAUACCGUAGUAAUUUGUGCAUAUUAUAAAAGUGUUAUUUUAUUUCAUAUUUACUACUAGAUGUAUCUGUCAACGCUACACCUGAGCUAUAUACGUAAUUAGAUCUGGUUUUUAUUAUGCCAACAGAACAGGAGACAAUGAGACGAAACCUAGUGAUAGGCGGGGUCGUGUAGGCGAUAAACCAGUAACUGACUGGUAUUUGUUAUCGCUGGCAGACAAUAGGCGGGGUCAUUUAGGCGUAAACCUUUAACUAAAUAAAUGUUUGUAUUGCUGGCAGACAAUAGGCGGGGUCAUGUCGGCAGUAAGCCAGUAACUAACUAGGUAUUUUAUAUCGCUGGCAGACAAUAGGCGGAGUCAUGUAGGCAGUAAACCAGUAACCAACUAGGUUUUUUAUGCUGGCAGACAAUAGGCGGAGUCAUGUAGGCAGUAACGCAGUUAUUAACUAUUUUUUUUUAUUACUGACAAACAACAGGCGGAGUCACGUAGACGGUAAACCAGUAACUAACCUAAUGAUUUUGUGACUGGCAGGCAACAGGCGGGGUCGUGUAGGCGGUAAACUAAUAUUUAACCUAAUGCUUUUUUUCACUGGCAGGCAACAGGCGGGGUCAUGUAGGCGGUAAACUAAUAUUUAACCGAAUGUUUUUGUCAAUGGCAGGUAACAGGCGGAGUCACGUAGACGGUAAACCAGUAACUAACCUAAUGAGUUUGUGACUGGCAGGCAAAAGGCGGGGUCACAUAGGCGAAAAACUUGUAUUUAACCUAAUGUUUUUGUCAAUGGCAGGUAACAGACGGGGUCAUGUAGACGGUAAACCAGUCACUAACUAACCUAUUGUUUUGCUGUAGGCGAUAGUAUCAUUGGGUGGCAGUAUAUAGGGUGGCAGUACAGGUGUAAGUGCUAACAAGAUAGAGAGAGAUAGCGUCUUUAGAACAGACAUAUAUAAACAGAUACGAAUGAUUCCCUGUAUAUCUUUUACGACAUUGCCACCCAAUACUUCUUCUUUGUCAUGGUAUGAGUUAAAGACGCAGAUGUAUUUUAGCUACUCAAGCAACAUUUCUCGAUCUACCGAACGAUGAUUUAACAGAGCAUUAUUGAACCCACCAUGUUAUUCUAUGGCAAGGCAUUCUAUACGGACAAAGGUCAUUGUGGAUGUCUGAUGCUUUCAUUCUUUAGCUGAAGAAAGUGACAGUCCGCUUGAUAGAUAUAUGUUAAACGCAGUUUAAUCGUUGACAAUUUGUGUUGAAACUAUUGUUGUUAUUGUUUGAAAAACUGCACAUUUAUCCGGAAAUAUCGGUCGAAUCAGCCUAAUUGUCAAGCAACGUUGAUUAAAUCUUCAAGAAUGAUGGAAUGAAUUAUUUUCAAAUCAAAACAGAAAUCCAUCAAAUCUGAUUUUGCUUACCCGACGCACAUGUUCUUCUUUUUGUCAAUUUGUCAUAUUUCUUGUUCCUGGAGAGAACUAAAGAUGAUUUAAAUAUUUGGCAUUUAUAGCCAUUUUAGUAUCCUACUUUUUCACUAAAAACCAUCAAAACAUUGAAACUUCGCGACAGAAUAAAGAAAAUAUUUUACCAUUAGUUUGGUCUUGAAAUUACGCUCGAGAAAACAGAUAUAUAUCACCAUAGUAGAGAAAUAAACACAUUUCCAAAAGAAUUUUAUCUCAAAACUCGUAUCAGUAGAAGAAAAAAGCAAAAUUCAGGCGGCAAGUGUUGUAUCGCCAUCUACAUUAUUGUUUGUCAUUAAAUAUCAAUGACAUGGUUUGUCGUACAACAUGGUAAAACAGUCCUGCUGUGUAAUAAAAUACUCUCUUGAUGCAUUUUAAUGAAAUCAUGCUAACAAUGUCACAAAUAUAGCGAAAAUCGACAAGGUAUGUUUUGAAAGAUAAUGCUAUAAUGUUAAUCUUUUCUUUUCUACGGCAGCGUAUUAGAGCCACUAUCAACAAAAUAUAUUAAAUCGUACGUACGAUUUACUAAUUCGUACGUACGGAUUACUAAUUCGUAUGUACGAUUUACUAAUCCAUACGUAAGGAUUACUAAUUCGUACUAAUUUGAACGUACGAUUUACUUAUUCGUACGUGCGAUUUACCUCGGAACUCUCCUACAAAGUCUAAUACUGACAGAAUAAUUUAGCAAAUCGUAAGUACGAAUUAGUAAUCGUACGUACGAAUUAGUAAAUCGUACGUACGAUUUAAUUUUUUUAUAGUGGCCCUAGCUAAUACGCUUCCGUACUUUUCAAUUCAACUCUAGAUAGUGAAUUUAAGGUGUGAUAUGGGGUAGGUUCGAGUAUAGUCAGAAAUCGAUUUGUAUAUAGUACAUGUUCAAUUGUCUCACUUUGUACAGAGGAUAAUAUAACUUUAAACGAUUGGUCAAGCGGACCAUCGUCAGAUAUUGUUAGCACCAGUUUCCCAAUAUACAUGUGUAUAUUAAUGUCAGUUGUUAUCGUGUCAAACCACAUCUGACGACAUGUGGUCAGUUAUAGGCCGUGGACACUCUCACGUCACAACAGAUCCAAUAAAGAUUUAAUUAACACUACCAGUUGAUACCCUAACGGGUGUACGUCACAUUGUCCUGAAAACGGUUAACACAACAUGACAUGUUAAUGAGCAUUAUAUAUUACUUCAUCCAUGUUAUUAAGUCUAAUUAUGUUAAUAAAUGUAUAUUCGCAACAGC